GAUUGCAAGUUAGUGAAGACACUUUGACGCGCACAUCAGCUGGCAUGAAAAUGUCACAACAAAACAAAAGGGGAAGCAAGUAAUGCAGAAAUAAUUGGAGCGAAACUGCGCAAAAAGUGAAGCCCUAUUAAGAAAAACUUCGUCAGACAGUUAAGGAAAAAACAGCAACAAAAUGGGCAUGUGUUCAUCCUGCUGCGGCAACAGCGCCGAAGAGACAAACUUAAUGCCAUCCCCAGAUGAGCGUCGCAGGCAGCAAUUGGAGGCUGCAGAACGCCGACAGCAGGAAAACGAAUCCCGCGGUGUGAAAAAUCUGGAUAAAGUGCGUCGCCAACAGCAAAGGGCAGCAGAGAUGGAGCGCAGGGAGGAGGAAGCAGCUCGCCAAGGCGGCAACAGUCCCACUUUGCGGUGGCAAACAACUUAAAGGCGCAGGCUUGGAACAAACUCAACUCGACCGCAGUUGCCUUAACGGGCCGCCGUCGCCCUCUAAUUAGCUGUGUGACAAAGCAUUUGUACUUAUUCGUUUUUUUUUUCUUCUGAAAUCUGUGUAAAUAUGUACCACCAAACUGUAUUUGUGAUUAUUCAUACCAAAAUUGCAACCAAAAAAAGGAAAAGAAUAAAAGAAAAGAUAAAAUUCAACCAGUGUUGGGCAGUGCAGCUUUGUGUCAAAAACAGCUGUUCUGUUGUCAACUGCGCAGUCGGAUUUAUUCUUUUGCACCUGUU